ACAUUAUAUGAGAAAACCAAAAGUGAAACCUGUUCAGCAAUAACACGUCAAUAUCAUAGAUACGUCCUCUUUAUGUCACGAAGCUUUCUCUAGAUCAUAGAUUCCAGAACUGAUUCUAGAACAAAUUUCGAAAAAAAGACAAAAUUAUCUUUCUUUCUUACAGUCCUCUUUGAUUUGAACGGAUGUUUUCUUCUUCUUUUCCUUUCUUCUCCUUUUCUAAAAAAAUACAGAUUCUUAUUAUAUAUAUGUAGACAAAUUAUAUAUACAUGUAUUCGCAAUGAGUGCAAUCAAUCUGUUGGUUUUAUAAUCGAUCUUCUACUUCCUAAAUUGAAUAGGUAUACUUUCUUGCUACUUUAUAAAUCAGCGAAGAACAAACGUAAAAAAAUUUUAUUUAAGACAGUUAAUGUACGAAAUAAGAAGGAAGCGCAUCGUAAAUCGCUUUUAUAACGUUUUCGACUGAUAUUUUAUAGAAUCAGGGAAUAUACAUAGAUCUUUUAUUAUUAAUUGUUGAUUUUCCCUGGUUUAAACAGUGAUAUGUCCUUAAUUAUGAAUAAAAUGGCUCCAAUAAGUAAUUUAUUGAUACUUUGAAGUCAUUUACAACAUUUCUUGUGACUUUCUUAAAUUCAUUAAGGAGUCGAUUUCUCCUUGGAAUUAUUACUGACGCAUAUAUGUUUAUGUACAUAGAGCAUACAAUAAAAUGAAAAAUAAGUUAGCAUAAAGCUAUAUCUGAAAUACAAAGAAAAACUACGCAGAACAAAAUCCUCGGGGAUAUACACAGGAAUGGAAAGCAAGCGGGUAGAUAUAAGGAGGUCGUGUUUCAUCGGCAUACUCAGUUUAUUACUCGAUCUACAUAGCAGAUCAGACCGUAUUAUAGGAGCACGCAAAUUAGCAUUUCACAAUGAAAACUGAAUUAUUGUUGCAAUUUAUUUUAGUUUUACCGAUAUUGCUAGUUCCUAUGUCCGAAGGAUUUUUCUUCGAACACCCUAAGAAGCUAUUAAUGGAUUUGUUUCAAUCGUCAAAAGAAAAAAAAGAAGCAAGAAAAGGGCCUCAUAUAGAUCAUUAUCAUGUACAUUAUUAUCCAGUAACAAUCCCUAUAUUCGAACCACUGGUGAAAGCACCUAAAAAACACAAACUGGAAGAAAUAUAUCACAACCAACUGAAAACGAUUGGGUGGUCCAGUCACGAAUAUAAAUAUAUUCCUGAACCCAAAAUUAAAACUUUCAGUUUAUAUGAUUCGUGGAAAAAUUCUGUGCCCUGCAAAAAAGAAAUUUUAGAAACAGAUCUUUUAGAAAUAACAGACAACAGCGAGGACGAAAAUGUAUUAUACGUACACCCCUCCACUCACAAGUAUUAAAAUACAUAAAAAAAGAGUACCUAAAAAAUCAUUAGAAAAUUAUUAAAAUCUUUAAAAAUUAUCUCGUUGAAAAUGUUAGAUUAUAAAGAACCUAUACAUAUAUUCAAUAUGACAACAAAAAAUUGCAAAUUAUAUGUAUUAAAAUU